AUGGCUACGAGACCAGCAAUGAGGGCCCUCCUGCUCCUCAGUGCCCUCCAAGUCACGCUGGUCCUGGCACAGACGCAGUAUGCAUCGCCGGCUACCCCUACCGUACCAAUCCCAGGCGCCUCAUCGCCAUGGCUCACGACGACGACGACGACGACGAGGCCCGGCGCCACGUUCGGUACAAUCAACGCCCCUACCCAAUCAGCCGCACACUCGUCGACCAUCAAAUCCACCUCCCCCUCCCCCUUCGAGGACGCCAAGGUCGCCCACGCGGUCAUCGGCGCCAUUGCGUUCCUCUUCAUCUUCCCGUUCGGCGGAAUCGUCAUCAAAGUCUGGCCACACCGCCACAUCGCCUGGUUCCACGCCGCGAUCCAAGCCUUCGGCCUGGCAAUGUACCUCGCGUGCCUGUGCCUGGGCCUGUGGAUGGGCUCGCAGCUGCACACGCUACACCGAUACCACGCGCUGGUAGGGUACGUCGUGCUCGCGAUGCUCGUCGUCCAACCGCUCCUGAAACUGCACUGGUUCCACACGGCCAUCCCGCGCGUCGCGGCCUUUAUGCCCAUCCACGUGUGGAUUGGCCGUGUCAGUCUCAUGCUCGGCAUCAUCGACGGCGGUCUGGGGUUCCGAAUAUCCAGCACGCUGGGCGGGCCGCCGCACUGGAGCCAAGGGUGGAAGGUCGCGUACGGCAUCGUCGGCGGAAUCGUCUGGUGCGUCUACGUCGCCGUGUGUCUCGUCUGGGUCGACUUGAAGAAGAAGGUCCUGCGCGCGGCGCCCCCUUCGCCUGGCGCGCCGCCGGAGGAGAUCGUUGUCGCGCUCGCGCUCGCGGACCAGCACGUCAGGGAUAUGAGUGAGAGAUACCCAAAAAAGACCGCCGCGAAGACCGUCGUGACGGCGAAGGCCGUGGACUCGGAUGUUGAGAGCGCGAACACCCUGCCUAUUACGCCGAGGCGGCCUUCCCGUGCGGUAGUGGUGUGA